AUGGCUCCCCUGCCUAUCCCUCGUGUACCCAUAUCCCCCACUGCUCCCAUACAACAAACACACCACACAGCGAUAGAGCUCAACCUCCUCGGCCAAGGCCCCGGAGCUGACCGCAGCUGCACGUCCUCGGAGGAUGCCAUCUCCCCCGCCGGGUUGAGCUUCAUGCCCGGCCCAGAGGUCGCCCCCUUCCACCUCUCAGGCGACCGCUCUCUCCUCGCCAAGGCUACCCAGUCUCAAGACGCCCUCGGAUUGUCAUUCUUCGCUGAACUCGACGACCUCGUACCGCGUUUCACCCCUUCGUCUUUCGAUCUUGCGAACCAGAGCGAAGAGCAGGAUGCCGCCCUCAUCCAGACGACCCUCGCGGCGCUCUUUGGCUCCUACCCAGGGGGCGGAGCGGCCGUCUCGUCUCAGGUCGAGGAAUGCAGCCAGAACACGCAAGACGUAUUCGAUCAGUUCCUCCACCCUGAGCUGGAAGAACUCUUUGAGCGCGAGGUCCCGGCGCCGGGAUCGUUGCCCCCGCCGCCGGCUGUCCGCCAUGUGGCACAAAGGCAGAGAACAGUCACCCACGCCCUCGCUCAUGAAGGCGGUCGCCUCCCCUCCCUGCCCGCCGUCCCCGCCGCACGCGCCCUCCCCUCCCCUCUUGACGAGUCACCCACCGUGGUGGACAACCUCAACCUCCUCUCCCCCCUCGCUGUCGACCCAAUGGUCCUGCACGCCCCCCAGGGGAUGACGACUCGUUCCUCUGCCCGCCUGUCCCAGCCCAACCCGCAGCUGCCUCAAAUCGAACUGCAGCCCCAGCAAGACAUCUCCGCCAUCUCCUCCCCGCUGAGCGAAGCCCCUCCCACUCCGCGCCUCACCCGCCCCUUCCCACGCCGCCGCACCCCUGCAAGCAGGAUCAUACCCUACGACGCGCCCGUUCAGCCCCGCCGCUACCAAGGUGAUUCCCUCACGGCGCGCAAGCAGGCGCAGGCGAACGUCCUCGAGCGUGUAGAGCCUAGGCUCAGGGAAGGGGUGAAGCGGAUACUGCAGGGGAAGGAUAUCUUUUCCCAGAGCACGGAGGAGGACGAACUUGACCUCGAGCUCGAGGAAGAACCCGAACCGCCCAAGAAGAAGCAGAAGGGCAAAGCCGCUGCCGUCGCGUCCAUCCCGGCCCUCCCUUCUGCACCUCUCGCAGGCCCCAGUGCCUCAGAAAAGAAACGCAAGCCCCGUUCCUCCCCCCGCGCCUCGCUCGAAGCCGAGAUCCUCGCUGCUGCGCACACGACGAUCGACAAAGCGGGCUCGAAGCGGUUCAAGAAUACAAUGUCGCAGCGCCGGAGUCGGGAGAAGAAACGCUCCGAGAUGGCAACGGUUUGUGCGGAGAGGGACGCAUUGCAGGAAGAGGUGGAGCACUUGAGGAGGGAGAACGAGGGGCUCAGACAGCAGAUGUAUGAGCUUGUUGUCGGGGGGUUGACUUUGCCCGCGCCGUAA